CUUUAGUUUCUAAUAAAUAAAUUUUUAUUUUAUAUCAAGCAAUGGGAUCUGUAAGUCGACACUAUUCACUCAUAUGCUUCUCUGCUACUGAAUUGUUCAUUGUUCGCUAACAAUUGUCUGACUGUUCGCUAGGAUUGAUGCUCAGGCAGAAAUGAUCACGAACACGAUGUUGCACUCACUUCGAGGACUCAGGAAAUGUUCAGGAAGCUGUACGAAGCUGAUGAAAUGGCGAAGCUGAAGAGAGUUCAAGCCAUCAUGAGAUCAUAUCUUGCAGCGAAGAGAGCCAAUGCGGCCAAAUAUGGGUGCUAUGAGUUCAAAGAAUUUCAUAUCAACGAAAGCUGCUCUACUAGCGAAUAUGUUGAUAGAGUCAUGGCUCAGUAUGGGGGCUACAAAUAUGACACCAGCAAAUCUCUCAAUGCUCGCUAUAAUGACAAACAACGAGUCUUCAAAGGCAAAAGUGUUCAGGAGAACGGCGCUGAGUAUCAGGGAGAACAUGACAAAGAAACUGGCGCUAGACACGGAAUGGGCACAAUGGUUUGGGCUGACGGAGCUAGAUAUGAUGGGUGGUGGCGAAACGACAGGGCUAAUGGGCCUGGAAGACUCAUCAUGGCCAGUGGAGACAUGUAUGAUGGAGAGUGGAUCAACGACAGAGCAAACGGACAUGGCCACUAUAUUCAUUACAGAGGCACCGAGUAUGAAGGCCAGUGGCACAACGACCUGCAGCACGGAGAGGGCAGAGAAACGUUCCCUGACGGGUCGACCUACACUGGCCAGUUUAGACUGGGCAAGAAGUACGGCUCAGGAAAGUUCGAGUGGCCAGAUGGCUCCAAAUAUGAAGGAGGCUUCGAGAACAACAUUAUGAACGGGAAGGGCGAGUACACUUGGGCCGACGGCCGUGGCUACAAUGGAGACUGGGUUGAUGGCCAGAUGCACGGAACAGGAGUAUUCCAGUGGGAAGACGGCAGAAGGUAUGAAGGAGAAUAUCAGCGCGAUCAGAAACAUGGAGAAGGUACCUUUUACUGGCAGGAUGGAAGAAAGUAUGUUGGACAGUGGAGUAAUGGAAAGCAGCACGGUAGAGGUGUGUAUACCACAGCCAGUGGUGAGUCCAGAGAAGGCAUCUGGAAAGAUGGUAACAGACAAAGCUGGGUUGACGAAUAG